AUGUUUUUAGGGUAUGCUGAUAAUGUUAAGGAAUAUCGUCUCUACGACUUGGACAAUCUUAAAGUCAAGACAUCACGUUCUGUCAAGCUGGACGAGCGUGAGGUGGUCGGUAUAUACGACACGCGGUCGCCGCAGCUUGAAACAAUCGUCCGUGUGACCACUGAACAUGAUGAUGAAAAUCUUUCACCUGUGGAGAUAGAGCAAUUAACGGACGAGCCCAUGGAAGUCGAUGAAGACCCUGGCAUGGAUGUGGAGAUGGAUAAGGUGGAUAAGAUGGAACACGAGCAGAUGGUUAAUUAUCCUCGACUCUGGUCAUCAGGACCUACACCAGUUGGGCAUGAACUGACUGAAUAUUCUCCUCCGCAGCCAAUUUUCGAGGAAGACCGGUUGGUGUUUCACCCUGAGACAACAUUCGCAAGGCGAUCCAGGGAGCCAGCAUUGCUACUCGAGGACGAGAAAAAUGAUGACGAAGCACAAAAGCCAGAAUGGAGAGAUGGACCACCAUCACCAAAGCGUGCCAGAAUCGACGAUGAAGAGUUGCUGGCUGAGGCAGCAUUAUUAUAUGCUGCAAAUUUUGACGGCAUUCCAGACACACCAAACACGUGUGCAAGAUCCAUUCCUAGUGGUGAGGCAGAUGUAUGGAGCAAGGCUAUUGAUGCAGAGCUUCAUUCUCAUGCCCAAAAUCACACGUGGACUCUCUUUCGACGUAAAAACUACAAUCCGUUCGAUUGGGUGCCGUUGGGUUUUCGCUAA